CUUAAGAGCGGCGCAGUUUUCUCUGUAGUCUACUGUUGCAGGAGGUCGUUAUACGUAGCAUUCGAUUGAAAAAGCUGUUAGUUUAAGUCAACGUUAACAUCAUGAAAAUUUUCAAUUUUUCAUUCCUCGUUUUGCUAUAUUGUUAUUUGACCAGCUCCGGUGCAACUGGGAAAAACUUAUGCACCAGUGCCAACUUUCAAACUGUUGGCCGUGUUGUCCACGGUGAGGCCAGAGGAGAGUCCUUUACUGGUCAACUGGCUGUGGCGUACACCAUUGUUAACAGAGUGAAUCACGGGGGUUACCCGAACACACUCAAUAAGGUGGUGUACCAACGAUACUCCGGUGGUUACCAAUACAACACACUCAGUGAACCCCGUCACGACAGAGCUUGGGCUACGUCCAAAGCCAACAAUGACUCCACCUAUCGUAGGGCAAUUCUGGCCGCUAAAGACGCGUUGUGUGGCUACAGGUCAGAUCCUACUGGCUGCGCAACAGACUACUGCGCGUACGAUCCUUGCUCGGCGACAAGAUCUAAUCGUUACUGGGACGUCUACAAUAAGAGGAAGAUCGGGAACCAUUGGUUUGUUUGCCGCAGCCCAAAGUGAGGUUAAGAAAAAAUGAGAAGAAUCUGCGUUCUCAUCAAAUAACGUUGCAAAUAUGCUUUAUGCAAGCUUUAAAUAAACCCUUGUGUGCAGGCCUACUGUAACUGUGUUUAAGAAUAGCUGACUGGGCAAAACUUGAGAAUGAAAUUCCUUCACUUUCGGAGUAAUUGCUGUUAUAUGCAUAUGCGGUUAAAUUCUCUUUUCAAUGUAGGUAAAAUGAACUUCAAGCUCAAUGAAAGUUGGUAAUUAAACUAAACAUCAGCACCCCCAACCGCCAUCCCUGGUUAAUGCAAAAUAAAAAUGCACAUAGGAGAUUAUGAAAUAAAUGGUCAUCCUCUGUACUCUUUACUGUUGUUUAUAUUAACUUCAGAUUGCACAGAAGGCUAGCAAUUGCCAUCAACGGUACAUUCUUUCUAUUGUAGGAAAACGGUCCAUAAAAA